CAUGAUUGAUGAUACAGUAUUUGAUGACUGAACACCCAAGAACACGCAAAAUGUCGUCAAUAUUUCUCUUUAUCCUGGUGAUUGCUACCACUUUCGGCGCCUCUCACUCACAAGGAGCAAACUACAUACUUGGUGCUGGAAUCGCAGAUAUUACUGGGCCUGCUGCAGAUGCAAAUUUGAUGGGCUAUGCUAACCCAUCACAGACAGCAGGUGGAAUCUCUAUUCGUCAGUUCAGCAGAGCAUUUGUGAUCGCUGACAGCAAGGGAGAAAAACGCUUUGUGUUUGUCAGCAUUGAUGCGGGCAUGCAAGACCAAGGUGUUACGUUAGAGGUAAUCUCAAGAUUGAAGUCCAAGUAUGGAGGCCUUUACAAUGAGACCAACGUGGCGAUCAGCGGAACCCACAGUCAUUCUGGAACGGCAGGGUUCCUGCAGUUUGUUCUCUUUGAUGUGACUUCCCUUGGAUUCAUCAAGGAAACCUUUGAAGUUAUGGUUGCUGGUAUUGUAAAGAGUAUCGAGAGAGCACAUGAAAGCAUGGUUCCAGGUAAUAUCUUUCAUAACGAGGGCAUACUCCUCGAUUCUAAUAUCAACCGCAGUCCAACAGCCUAUGAAAACAACCCUCAAGAAGAACGAGCAAGAUAUAAAUACAAUGUGGACAAGCUGAUGACAGUACUCAAACUUGUGGAUGUGAAUGGGAAUGACAUAGGGAUGAUCAAUUGGUUUGCAGUCCAUGGAACCAGUAUGAACAACACCAACAAGUUGAUCAGUGGUGAUAAUAAGGGUUAUGCUUCACAGCUCAUGGAGAAACACUUCAACCCCGGUGCUUUACCAGGCAAGGGCAAAUUUGUAGCAGCGUUUGCUUCUAGUAACCUCGGGGAUGUAUCUCCCAACACCAAAGGAGCUCACUGCAUCGACACUGGACUCCCAUGUGAGCGGAACAGGAGCACUUGUGGUGGGAAGAAUGAGAAGUGUAUUGCAUUUGGACCGGGCAAUGACAUGUUUGACAGCACAAGGAUCAUUGGUGAAAACCAGUUCAAGAAAGCUAUGGAGCUUUACAGUGGUGCUAGUAGAAUGCUGACUGGUCCUGUUGGCUUUGUGCACCAGUAUGUAAACAUGACAGAUGUUACGGUGCAUUACAACUCAAGCUUUAAGGGUAAGACCUGCAAGCCUUCUAUGGGAUUCAGCUUUGCGGCAGGAACAACAGAUGGACCAGGGGCUUUUGAUUUUACGCAAGGAGACACAGAAGGUAACCUGUUCUGGAACCUGGUAAGGGAUGCCAUAAAGAAGCCUUCACCUGAGCUAGUGGCCUGUCAGCAUCCUAAGCCAAUCCUACUUGCAACUGGAGAGAUGAACUUCCCCUAUGCAUGGUCACCUCAUAUUGUCGACACACAGAUUCUUCGCAUUGGUGAUUUCGCGAUCAUUGCUGUACCUGGAGAAUUCACAACUAUGUCAGGAAGGAGAGUAAGAGAUGCUGUCACAAAGGAAAUGAAAGCCCUUGGAGCCUCGGCCAACACCACCUCUGUGAUAGCCGGACUGACCAAUACGUACAGUGAUUACAUUGUGACGUUUGAGGAAUAUCAGGUUCAGAGAUAUGAGGGGGCUUCUACGAUAUAUGGGCAACACACACUACAAGCUUAUAUCAACCAGUUUAGAAAUCUGACCACUUAUGUCAUGCAGGGUAAGCCCAUACCUCAAGGUCCUAUUCCUAAGAGUUUGCUAGAAGAACAGGUGUCCUUUUUCCCUCCUGUCCUGUUCGAUGAAGCUCCCAUUGGAAAGAAAUUUGGAGAAACCCUAAGAGAUGUCGGAAGCACACCUUUUAAGAGGGGUUCUGUUGUCCAAGCCGUCUUUCAAGCGGGUAACCCACGGAAUAAUCUGAGAACUGGUAAUACAUUCAUGACUGUGGAAUACCUUGAACCUACCAAGCAGUCAUGGAGUGUUGUGCACACUGAUGCUGACUUCUGCACCAGGUUCAUUUGGACACGUACCAGCACAGUGCUUGGUCACAGUGAAGUCACCUCCUACUGGGACAUUCCAAUUGACGCUACUCCGGGUACCUAUCGCCUCAGGGUGUUUGGAGAAUCCAAAGACCUUGCCCAGAAGAUCAGCAGCUAUGAAGGAAUGUCUUCACAGUUCAGCGUUACUCAGUAGCUUGACUUGAUCGGACUGAGGGUAUAUUACACAAAUAAUGCACAUUUAUGAGUGUGUUGUGGCGAUGCAGCACAUUUGUAUUUUAUUGCCAAUAAACGGAUUGCUUGUAUUGUCAAUAACAUCACAAAUUUAAAAGUAUGUGCAUUAUUUGUUUUAUAACACAGGUCGGCACUAUAAAUUUGUAGUGGAAAGGUUGUUCAAGUCCUUCUAAAUUUUUGAGGGAUUGCACAGAUAAAGAGGUCACACCAGUAUCAGCUUUCUAUUAUGACACAUUACAGGCGUAUCUAGUACACGUAUCUACGUAAGCGCCAACACCAAUAGCCUUUCCUUCGAAAGAACCCGUAGUUUUAGAUGGCAUCGCAAGUUCUGUACGUGCUAUGAGUAAAAUGAUGCACCUGAAAUGCACAGGGCUGUACAGAAAAUGCACGGCUGGCAGGUUGAAUCAAGUUGAAUUACAGCAUGGACAGGUGACUUGUUUACGCACUCACUAUUGGCUGCUUCCUGGAACCUGUUUUAUAAAUUCACUUAGUCAACAAGCUGUCGGUCUACUUUUCAGGAUAGUCUAAUACACCACAUGAGCUAAACCCAUUUGGUCUUCUAUGAAUUUAGACUAGUUGAUAUAUGACCAACACUACACUUGGUCUAAUACCAACUUAGUGUAAUUCUCAUUUAGUCUAAUACAUAUAUUUUAUUUGUUUGAAAAUCAUAUGCUACCUCUUCAUACCAUCAGCAUUAUACCUACAUGUUAUUGUAAGUUAUGAUUUUUUGUUUGUCUUUAUCUUGUAAAAAAGGAUGGAUGGACCACUUCUUAUCUAGACCAAAAUCACUUACUUAUCAAAGAUAAUGACUUUCACCAAGUUAUAAACAUGUUGAUAUAUUUUCAAAUCUGUUAUGUGGUUCUAAUUAUUUAAAUAAAUGUAUGUGUCAGUUGAUCAUCUCUUUAUUUGUGUUGAACAUUCUGCCCUUUCACCUUUUUACCAACUCUUUAUCUCAUAUCCUUUUUUGAUUUUUUUUCUUCUGAAUUUCUUUCCAUUCAUAGAUCAUCUUGAUUCCUUUUUUUUAUCUGAUGUAAUGGUAACAUUUGUUUCAUAUUUGAUGUAGUUUGAGUAAAAUCUAUUCAAUACUUAUUCAUAAUGUGCAAUUGAUUUGAAGACUGUAAGUAAUACAGUUUUAUUUUAUUUGGUGUGUUUUUAUAUGCAUUUGUUGUAAUAAUUUCUACAAUUCUUGUAAAAGAAAAAAAAAAUGGUUAUUGUCCUUUCAAAGUGAAAUGAAAUAUGUUUGAAUAUUUUGUACUAGAAUUAUUUUUUGUAUUUUCUUACAUGUACAUUUGGCGCAAUUGAUGAAAUGAAAUUAAUAUUUGUAAUAAACCAUGAUAUUAAUAAUUGA